AUGCUCGCCGACCAGGGAGCCUUGGCAUGCCUCCUCGCAAGCAGUGAGGCCUGCAUGCACGACGGCCCCGCCACUCCACCCAGCACAGCCGUUGCCAUGGACGUGGAUGAAGGGGCCCUAUGGACGGCGCCGUCGCAGCACCCCCUGUCGCCGCCACGAGAGCUUCGUGUGGCAGGCAAGCGUCGGCGUCUCAACGACGUCGACGACGAAGACCAACGGGAGCUGGCCGAGCUCUCGCAGCUUGUCGACGAGGACGAGGCUGGGAUUCCUACCCUUGCGCUCAGGCCAUCCGCGGCCAGCACUAUACCGGCCUCUGUCCUCUCCGUGUUCGUGCACAACGCGCAACACUUCCAGUGCACGUUGUGCACGUACACGGCUGCCAGCUUCGCGUCCCUGACACGUCAUCGAGUCUCUAGGCACCGCCGCAUCGCCUUCAUGGACCGGUUCUCGGCAGGUUGUGCGUGUGGCACCCCCUUCACGUCGAGGCUGGCUGCAGCAACACACGCGCAAGCGUGCACCAGCCUCCAGACUACCUCUUUGGCUGCGACUGCGUCAGCAGCAGGGGAAUUGAGCCCCACUGCUGGCGCAGUCAACGCCCCCGCUACGGUGGCGUCUGUUACGCCUCGACUGCCCCGUUCUGACUUCACGGUGCUCGCUGUGUCCCCCCCGCAGCUGAGCACCACCAGUGCUGACAGGUCCAGGUCUAGUGUACCCCGAUGGGACCCACCGCUGCCCCGGGAGCUGAUAGCGUCUCGCGUCGCCGCUCGCCUCGAUGAGGUUCCAGCCCCUCGCUGGGGACCGCCACUACCGCGCAGUGUGGUGACGUCUCGAAUCGCUGACCGCCUCCUUCCACCGGAGCUGGAGGAUGAGGAGACCAAGGAAGAGACCACGGAAGAGGAAGACAGUCCGGCCGGUGGCAGGGCCGUUGACGAUGAAGAAGAAGAUGCAGAUGAAGACGGUGGCGAGUGGCUUCUGCGCUUUGACGGUGCCUGCCGGGCUAACCCUGGACCAGGCGGUGCUGGAGCAGCACUCUUCAAGCCAAGUGGUCCUGUAGUGUGGACAUGCUCUCACUACAUGCCCAGCAGCAGCGAGACCAACAAUACAGCUGAGUACACGGCGCUGCUGCUCGGUGCAAGGGCCGCCGCCGAUCAUGGCGCCACCCACCUGCGUGUGGAAGGUGACAGCACCCUCGUCAUCCAGCAGGUGAGGGGAAUCUAUGCUACACGUAGCACGCGCCUUCGCAAGCUCAGGAAUGGUGUCAAGGCCGAGCUAGCGAGGAUGGUCCAGGUCACGCUGCACCACAUUGACCGCCAAUCGAACGGACACGCGGACCGCCUCGCGAAUGCUGCGAUGGAUCGGCGUGCCUCCAAGAUGGAGUGUGGGGUGCAUCCUGCUGAACAUGGCGGUUCAUGCACCUCGCUGGAAGUCUCAGGCUCUACAGCAGUGAACCCGCCUGCUCGUCCUGCGCCUCCGCCAGCUGCGGUCGAGCCUCCUGCGGUUGUCGACGUGGCAGACGUCGACGACGACAUGGCAGACGUCGACGACGACAUGGGCGACAUCGACGACGACAUGGGCGACAUCGACGAUGGAGAAGUCUACGCUGCGAUGCGUGUCGGCCCAGAGGCAGUUCCCCAGCGUCGGCCGCGUCUCCGUCUGCGCAACUUGGACGACGAUGAACGCGAAGCGGUGGAUACGUUGGUGGGGCGGCUGGCUGCUACGCUUGCUGCCAAGAUUUCGGACGCUAGUGACUGGGAGGCAGCGGAGGGUUACAUCACUGCCCUCCCGCAUGCGCUUUACGAUCGACUCCAGCCAUACGCCCAGCCCCAGCGACGGCAGCAUAGCCAACCGCUCCCUCCACAACCAGUCCAGGAGCGGCAAGCGACACGGCAGCAGAGACAGCGGGUCCCCGAUCACCGUGACGAGAACGCAGCACCGACUCUAGAGACGCCAGGGAAUCGACGAGGAGAACGUUGCUCACGCCGCCGCCGUGGACGAGCCGGUGGUGCGACAAAACGCCGACGGCGCCCACGACCGCCACGUGUGACACGACACCACCGGGAGCACCGGCUAGACGAAGCUCUCGAUGAGUUGCAUGCCGUAGGACGCAGCGACCCCAGCAACCGCAAGGCGGUGGCCAAGGCACGUCGUCGUGUGGGGAGGAUUAAUUCCUCCAUCACGCAACAACGCCUACGGCACCAGUUCGACACCGCAGAGAAGGCCUGCGUUGACGGUAUCCUUGCAGCUGCACGGACCAAGCGCGUGUCGGUGGAGAAUGCAUCCACGCUGUCGGAUGCUCUCCCCACGGAUGAGGUGGACACAGGUAUCUGCCCCAUCCCGGGCGACCAACUUCAUGACUACUUUGCGACGGUGUCUACCCCGGGGCGCGCCUUCAACGCUAUGGAUCCAGUGGGUGCCCCCUUCCGCUCGGCCCUUGCCCGCCUGCCUGCAGCGACAAGUGCCAUGGAGCUGCUCAUGGAAGCGCCUUCCCCGGACGACAUCGAGGACCAGCUUCAGCGUGCACGUGGCAGCUCCAGUCCGGGGCUCGACGGUGUCGGGUACGAUAUCUUCAAGAUGUUCGCGGCGCAGCUCCUGCCUGCGCUGCAUGCAGCAUUCGCGUGCUGUUGGAGAUACAAGAGGGUUCCACAGAGCUGGAAGGUCGGCGUGGUGCGCCUGCUGCACAAAAAGGGUGAUCGACUCGCACCUACCAAUUGGCGGCCGAUUUGUCUGCAGCAGGCCAUCUACAAGCUCUACGCUGGCGUCUUGGCACGGCGCUUCACUCGGUGGUUGGACGUCAACGGACGUCAUGCAGACGCACAGAAAGGCUUCCGGGCGAUGAAUGGCUGUGGAGAGCAUAAUUUCCUCGCAGCCACGCUCAUCGAUCAAGCUCGCCGCAAGCAUCGCGAGCUGCAUGUCGUGUGGUACGACUUCGCCAACGCCUUCGGCAGCGUGCCACAUGAUUUGCUCUGGGAGGCGUUGCAGCGGCAGGGUGUACCGCCUGAGUUUAUUGCUUGCUGCCGUGGUCUCUACGCUAAUGCAGCGUUCACCAUUGGCAACGCCAAGGACGGGACUACUGCGCCGAUUGCGUUGCAGGUGGGGGUGUUCCAGGGAUGCCCUCUCAGCCCUCACCUUUUUACCGCUGCUAUCGCUCCGCUGCUUCAUGCCCUCAAGAGUCUGCCAGAGACUGGUGUUCAACUCUCCAGUGUGGACCGUCCCGGUGCUGCCGCCUACGCUGAUGACCUCAAGAUUUUCAGCAGCACCGUGGAUGGUAUUAAGCGUCAGCAUUCGGUUGUCCAAGACUUCCUGCGCUGGACUGGCAUGGCGGCCAACCCCUCCAAGUGCAGCACUCUAUCCGUUCAGCGGGACAGUCGUGGCCUCCAUCAGCCUUGCGACCUUGGAUUGAAGCUGGAUGGCACCCCGAUCCCUGCCCUCAGCGCGUCGGACUCGUACAAGUACUUGGGGAUCGGGGAUGGAUUCGACCACGUGCGACGACGCGUGGAGCUCGCCCCAGCACUGACCGAGCUCAAGCACGACGCGACGGCGCUACUGCAGUCUGGGUUGGCGCCGUGGCAAGUGGUCAAGGCGAUCAAGGUGUACUUGUACCCGCGCGUCGAAUAUGCCCUCCGGCACCUGCGACCGUUUGCUCAACAGCUGGAGGGCUUCGACAGACACUUGGUUCGUGGCCUUCGCCACCUGUUACGGCUGCCGGUCAACGCGACCUCUGCAUUCUUCUACACACCGGUGUCGCGUGGCGGAUUGGGGUUCCUGCCAUUGACGGAGCUGCACGGUGCUCUUCAAGUGGCGCACGGAUGGCAGAUGCUGAACUCGCCUGAUCCUGCCAUCCGGCGUAUUGCAUGCCAGCAGCUUCGUCAGAUUGCCGAUGCGCGGUACCGACUGGACGUUCAGGUGUGGAAGGACCGUGACGAGGAGCUGGGCGAGCUCCUCCUCAACAGCAAGCUCGCGACGUCGGACCCAGCCCCGCCCAAGCGACGCAGUGCAGAUAUCGGUUCGCUGUGGUUCGACAUUCGAGGGCACCUCCACCGUUUUGGUCUCCAGUUUGAGAUGUCGCCAGCGGUGGAGGAGACUGGGACACCUUCCAAGCGGCUGCAGCUUCGCGUGCCCCACCAUAGUGCAUGGUUGGACCACCGUACAGUCCUCAGGCACGUGAAGCUGCACCUCAAGAACAAGUACUGGAAGCGAUGGACCUCGAUGAAGGAUCAAGGGAAGGGUGCUCGCGUCUUUGGCGAUGCUGGGAGCGCCUUCCUCACGCGGCCCCGUGGACUGUGGGAGACGGACUACCGCUUUGCAGUGGCUGGUCGUCUCAACCAGCUUGACACACACAGUGUCCUCAAGCGCCGGCGUCUCCGUGCGCAUGACAAGUGCAGGUUUCCGGGUUGUUCUCGCUCUGAGACGCUGGCACAUGUGCUCAACCACUGUGCCGGCACCAUGGACGCGGUUCGCACCCGCCAUGAUGAAGUUUUGAAGACCAUCGAGCGCAAGAUUGCUUCCUCAACAAGCGCCGACGGCGAUCGUGUCGAGCUUCGGGUCAACCAGACGGUGCCGUCGCUCCCUGGACCGGCGUUGCGACCCGACCUCCAGAUCUACAACCACACUAAGCGAACGGUGUCGGUUGUAGAUCUGGCAGUGGCGUUCGAAGAACAAGCUGCCGACGACCCAAGGACGUCUUCGCUCGCAAGGAUCGCCGAGAUCAAGCGCACCAAGUACGACUGCGUCAAGCGUCACCUCGAGCGUCAAGGAUGGACCGUGCAGCUUUCGGCGCUGGUGUAUGGGUCACUUGGAGCGGUCGCCGGUGGUAACCUCGCGGUUUACACCGAGCACCUCGGUCUGCUCAAGUGUGAUGCAAGGCGGCUGGACCGACAAUUAUCUGUCGACUGUAUCGCGUCCAGCCGCCGCAUCUGGAAUUUGCAUUGUAGCAUGCAUCGCGCGCGUCAGCAUCCAAGCGGCUCAAGAACAGCUUCUAGGGGCAGUCGAGUGACGGAGACCGGGGGGACUCCGUCACACAACGGCCACCGCUAG